UGUACUACGGAUGGCUAUAUAGCUAAGAGCUUCAAGUUGACAGGAUUUACUACAUGGAUUAAUAUUUCUCAGAUAAUGGCAGAAUGCAAAGACAAUAACGAGUCAAAAAUCUCAGAAACAAAAUUUCACAACUGGAUAAAAUCUGGCCUAGCUCUUAUGCACACAAGAAAUGGAAUUCAACAGUUCGUAAUUGAUGAAAUCACUUCUUUUCAACAGGCAAUGUACAGCAGCAUUUUGACAUUAUUAGGUAUAGACACAGAUUCAAAAUGUUCAGCAUGCACUACGAACGCUAUCAUCUGUGAUAAGUUAUUCGAAAAGUGCAGGCGAAGAACAUGCAACUCGUUUCAUAGAGAAUGUCCAGAAAGAGGUUUAUGUACUAAAGUGAAAGAGAAAAUAAUAAAAGCACAUAGGUAUAAUGGACCUUCUUGGAUUAAUACUGACGCUAAGCUAUGGUGCAGUGAUCCAUGGCAAAUUGCCAAGUGCUAUAUGCCGAGAGAAGGAUAUAGCACACAGAUGUCAGCAGAGGAAACCGAUUUUAAUGGCAUUGUUAACGUCAUACUGAAUCACGAAAACAUCGCUCAGAAACUUUCUGCAAAGCUUACAGAUAGUGAUAACAUAUUUUGUAAGGCUCGAGCUGUUUCUAAAUUUGUCAGACAUUCAGCAUUGUUUGAAGUCGACGACGAAGAAUUUCAAACCAAUCUCGACGUGUUGACAAAAGUUCUUCAAGAAAAACAGAUUGCGCAGUACCAAGACGCCCAGGAUGCAAUGCAAAAGUUGUCAGAGCUGAGGACAGCCAAAUGGUCAAUCUUCACUUCGAAGGAUGAUAUAUUUGCAGUUAUAAAAACUGCUUUCACUUCUGAAAUGGUGAUGCCACAGACAGAGCAAGAGAAAGAAAAAGUGGAAAUGUUAAAGAUUGCAAUUAAAAUUAUCGAAGCAAAUACGAGUUCAGAUGUACAAUCAGUCAUAUGGCAGCUCCAAAGUUCUUUCGACAAAUAUGAAGAUGAGAAACAAAAAAGGAAACGAAAAGAUAUAUGCAGAAGACUCAUAAAUUCGUAUCGGAGGGAAUGUUCAACGCUGCCGAUCUCUGCUCUGUUUGAAGAAGAGGAUGCUCCUCUGCUGAACUUUUACGUGCAGCCUAUGAUGCAGCAAGUAGAGCACCAUAAAGUUCGAAAACAAUAUAAGACUGUGAAGUCGUAUAAUGAUAUAUUCCACAAAGAUGACCAACUUUGUCGGAAUAUCUACAUCACCGGAAAUGCGGGUACUGGAAAAACAGCCAUUUGUCAAAAGAUGGUUCUCUGUUGGUGCCACGCACAAUCGGCAGGAGAAGCCGAUGAAAAUUUCUCAGAGGAGGAUAUUAAUACAAUGAACUUAUUCAAUUAUGUCUUUUUUGUUUCUCUUAGAGAUACAGAAAUGUGCCAUGUAGAAACUAUGAUACAGCAACAGCUCCUUUCUACUGAAAAAGCAGAAUUAAUUGACCAUAUUCUCGAAGACGAAAAAUGCCUGAUUAUUCUCGAUGGCUUGGAUGAAUGGUCUCAUCCAAAAUCAGCCGCAUUUUGUCCAAUUGAUAAGAAAAUUCCACACAGAAAAGCACGUGACAACUGCAUUUAUUUAACCACUUCUAGACCAUGGAAGUUAGAGUCGAACAGAUUGAAUACAAGACAAAUAGAUCAACAAAUUGUAAUGAAGGGACUAGACAAGAGAGCGUCCGAAAAAUUGACGUCAUUUGUUGUGGAUCAUCUAAACAAAAAGUACUUGGAAGACAGAAAGCCAACGGAGUUUCAGGAGUCUAUCGAGAAGAAGAAACAAGUUGCUGAUGUUUCAGAAAUACCAAUCAUAAAGAUACAGUUAAUAAGUUUGUGGUUUCAGAAUAUUGGUUUAAGUACAAAUUUUUCCAGAUGUGAGAUAUAUGCUGAUACUGUAGAAAUGCUUUUGUCAAGAGCUAUUGAAAGAGAAGAAAGCCAAGCAGCUGCAAGUCGAAAUAGUGAAUCAGUCAAGCAAUUAAAUAAAAAAGAGUUUAAACAGGAAGCACCGAAUGCUAUUUCAAGGCUAACUUUGUUAACAGAGUUUUGCUACCUUCUUUAUAAGAUUGGUCAUCUGGCAUUUGAGAUGCUCUUUAGCACCCCUGAUGGUGAAUCUUCACUUGUUUUUAAAAGAAAUUUUGGCAAAACCUAUAGCCUAUCCGAUAUCGAAAUUGACUUUUUACUUUUUGUAGGAAUCUUGUCGAAGAACAAAGUCAUUGGACCGCAACGCGACCGGUUGAUUAAGCUUACUUUUCUCCACAAGAGCUAUCAGGAGUUCUUUGCGGCAUUGUACAUAUCGAUGAACAAAGACAUUGAUCAUAUCAAAAAGUGCAUAUUUUCUAAAUGUAAGUCGCUGGAAGAAUUUCUUAAAUAUGAACAGAUAUUUAUCUUCCUUUCGGGUAUGAAUGUUAAAGCAAUGGAGACCAUUUCGGCUGAAGUUCAUAACAUGGUAUCUGCCGAUAACAGUGUAAAAACAUACAGACAAUCGGCACACUAUCAGUUUCAAUAUCUAGUUAUUAGAAAACCGUAUAAUACAAUAGCUAGUGAAAUACUGGAACAGGGUUGGAAUGGCGAAGGUGCUCUUAGAUGUUUACAAACCCUUUUGCUGCACUGUUUGGAGGAAGGCAACUGUCCUGGGUAUAAACCUGCAUUGGCAUUAUCAGAUGUCUUCAUCGGACAGGAAUACACCGCCGAGUUGAAAAGACUUCUAGAGAACAACAAGCAUUAUAUAAAAUCUAUCAGCACAGCCGUGUAUACCGGUGAUCUGACAACGUUAAAAAUGUUGGAAAAACUUGUCGUCAAUGAAAAUAUCUAUUCAGAAACCUGCCGAGUUGACAUAGAGCAAUUUGAAACUUACAUACCUAUAUCAAGUUCUUGUUUUGUCAGCUUAUCUCUUGCAAAUUGCACAGGUAGAUUUAAUGUUUCCAAUGGACGGUUUACAAAUCUAACCUCCUUAGCGUUGUGUAAUGUAAUUCUAGAGCAUAAAAACAUAGUUGAGGUAUUUACUUUUAUAUCGAACACUGUAGCUUUAACCCAGCUUUUUUUGUGUGAAAUCAAAUGUUGUGAACAUGAUGAUGUCUGCAGUGGCGGAGUACUGAAUUUGUCUAACCAUUCACAACUCAAAUAUUUGCGGUUGCAGAAACUGUAUGAAUAUGGGUCUCAUGAAACAAAGUUGAAUAAUGGAAGUUUGCAACUACUGGUGAUUCAAGACAAUACUAAAGGGCAAAUUGUGAAGUCUAUAAUCGAAGAUAUCCGAAAUGCUCCAAAAUUGACGGAAAUAGAUAUAGUGGACUUCAGAUCACCAGUUUCAAUUGCUAAUACUUUAGAUAUACUUCCAACUCUUCAAUGUUUGGAAAGAAUCACUUUUCUUGAUGUUGACUUCGGAGAUUGCAGUUUGCAAAUGAAUACUGAAAAUAAACAAUCCUUGAAAAUGGUUAAUAUUUUUCAGUCAUCAUUGACAUUUCAGUCAUUCUGUAGGUUUGUGGACAGCUUGCCAAAUAAAGGGGUGAUUGUCCAUUUACAUGCAUGCAAAGUCACACAUAUAGUAGAUGACUGUACGACAGAAAUACAUAUUGAAGACGCUGCAGAAUAUGUUCGAGCAAAAGGAACAUUUGAAGUUACGUUCACUGGCAGCGGCAGACUGGCUUUCAACUCUAAAAGUUAGACAGAUAAUGUUUGAAAGAACUUAAAGAGGCUAAUCAUGGGUAUAGCAUAUUCUGGUUAGGAAUCAGUUUCCGAAAAAAAUAUUUUUGUUAAUUGUUUCCCAAACUUGAAAAUCCAGCUCCUCUUACAAUGAAAAUACUAUCACUACUACCUUUUUACACAGAAUAAGGCUUUCUUGGGGUCUCAUACUGGGCCAUGAAAAACGUUUAUAUUCUCCAAGCGGUAAACUAGUGGCCGGACAAAUUUUAAUGUUUUGAGGAUGUAUCGGUGGGAUAUUGAAAUUAAACGAUUAAUAUUUUUUACGCUUUUCCAGUCUUUAAUUUUUAAAACAAUGCAUAUUGAGAGUAAAUUCAUACAAAUUUUGACAUCCCUGUAUUCUUGUUUGUUACUUGUUCACAGAAAUUCAAACUAAUUCAUGUCAUAAGCCUAAACGGUAUAUGCUGUUUAUUUGGUACCUCAACAAGUUGAAAAAUGUAGAUAUGAACAUCACAUAUCUUAAUGAGCAUGACUGAAUUAUUGCACGGACAAUGCCGAAAUGUACCGUAGCAGUAAUUAUACGUGACCGGAAAUUGAUUCCAAACCAGUACAUGAAUGAUAAGUUAAUUUGUUAACACCGCUUGAACUAAGUCCAUGUUUCUGUUUUGAUUUCUUAUGUAGUGAAGGAUCCAGUACUGCUAUAUUUUCUUCAUAAUUAUCCAGCAUUGGAUGCUGCAUUCAUUUUUACGAAGUUGUGCUAAAAUAAUUGAAUACAAUACACAUAUUUUGUACCUCCAGGAAGCGCCAUAUCGAUCGCCUUUCUACCUUCGUCUGUUUGUAUGUCCAUCUAACCACAUUUUAUAAACGACUUUUUCCCAGAAACUGCAGGGCGAAUUUCGAAGAAUUAUAUUGCAAAGUACGUAAAUCCAAUGCUUCUGUUCUGUACAUUUUUGGUAUCUUUUUAUGUAAUUCUUUAUUUAUUCUGAUUUUUAAUAACCAUUAAGGAACAGUCGAGUUGAAGCAAUUCGACAUGUCAAGACAUGUGACAUUCUAAUGUUGAUUUAAAUAGAUAUAUAAUUGAAUAACGGUAUUUGCACAUUGAACGCUAUGUAACUUUCAUGAUACAAUACUUCCAAAUUACGUAUAAGAACCGUUUACCAGAAAUAUCUUGCUUAGAUGUCAAACACAUUUGACAGUUAGUAUAAUAUUUACAUGACUAACAGGGAUAAGACUGUGUCAUCAAAGAUGUAGUUAGACACCAUUUUCCGUGUAUAACUGGUUGAUUUGCUAGCAUGUCAAAUCCUAUCUUAGUGUCCGGGACGAACUGAUUUUCGUGUCUGUGUUUUUCAUUGGUCAGUUGAAGUUGUAAAAAGAUUUUUAUACUCCCGUCUGUGAAUGAGCGGGACGUAUUAUGUGAACACCCGUGGCGGGCGGGUGGGUCGGCGUCCAAAAGCAUAGUCGAACAGUUUUCAUUCGAUCUUCACCAAAGUUGCUGACAAUGUUUGUGGGCAUAAUAUCUUGGCCAAGUUAUAAAACCAGCCAAAUCGCCUCAGGCACUCUUUGAUUACUUGAAAAACUGCGAUUUUAGCAUACAGCAUCAACAUUAUUACCUUUAUGAUACGUAACUGAAUAUUUUGACGGGCUUAUUCUGUGACAGUCUGGCACUCUUGUUCAUUGGAUAAUUUCACAGAAAUAAACCAUUUCCGAAUCCUUUAUAAGCACAUCAGUUACCCCGAAAAAGCCAAAAAGACUCUGGUAAACAAAAUAAUAAUGGGAGCUGGCAAGAUUUUGUUUGCCUUUCGUAGGCAAGUCAAAUUUUGUAUCUUUGAUUUUGUACUCUGUAUUUUUGCACUUUGGUAAAAUCUAGAACAUUUUUAUAACUUUCAUCUACAGAGAUCAUAUCUUAAUGCUAGACACAUGUAUAAUUGAUUUGUUAAGUUUUGUUUCUAUUCAGCUUUUCAGAAAACUACUUAUUAUUUUUGUUCAUGAGUGUAAUUUAGUAGAUUCUUGCAACUAUUGAUUUACGAAAAUUAUGUCUUAGAGUUAAGUCUGUUUGAACUGUUUAUUGUUCAGCUAGAAAAAAGGAAAAAUUAGCAUAAAUACGUCCAACAAGAAAGCGCAUCCCCUAAUCACUUAAUGCGUACUUUCAUUUAGAACUUGUUAUUAAAUGUAUGUCUUCCAGUCCAUUUCAACAUGAAUAUUCUAGGCCUUGUACAAUUCAUAGGAAAACAAAUUCAGAUGUAUUUCGGAAUAAAAAAAAAACUGAAACAAACUGAAAAUAUAACUUUUUAGGUAUUUCAAAGCAUUUAAGAAAAAGCUAAUAGACAAUAUGUUGUAUGAUUUAUGUUUGUUUAUAUCAAAACUAUUUGUUAAGGAACUUAGAAGCUCAUUAAUGCGUUAGUCUAUAGGGUUUGUGAAUUAUCAGUUUUCGUUUUUUAGUUUAUUGGUCAUUUAACGAACGUAUGUUCGACGUUGUUUAUGUGAUUUGUAUGAAUGUUAUAUAGAUAUCUAUAUAUGGUAUAAAAAAAACUCUGGCUUCGCACGUAGAUGAAUAAUUCUGGGAGCUAACAAGAUUGUCAUUAGUCCCCUACUGGUUGAAAAUCAGUUCCGUGGACUUUAGGAUUGCGCUUUUCAGUCAUUCCGUUCGUCCCCAAUUUCAUGUCCGGCUCAUAACUCUGUUAUACAUCAAGGAAUUUUAAUAUUACUUAGCACAAAUGCUACCCAAGAUGAGACGACGUGUCAUGCACAAGACUCAGACCCCUAGCUUACAGGUCAAGGUCAAUCUUGGAGGUCAAAGGUCAACAGGGCCUUUUUAUGUUCGGUCCAAAACUCUGCCAUCCAUGAAGAGAUUUUAAUAUUACUUGGCACAAAUGUACUCCUAAUAAGGCGAUAUGUUUUGCACAAAUUUCAGACCCCUAGCGCAAAGGUCAAUGUCAUACUUGGCAGUCAAAUGUUAACAUGGCAUGAUCAGAGUCUGUUUCAUGUCCGGUCAAGAACUCUAUCAUCGAUCAAGGGAUUGCAGUAGUACUUGGCAUAAAUGUUUCCCAUGUUAAGUCGAUGUCUCAUGCGCAAACCCAGUGCCCUAACUAAAAGGUCAAGGUCACACUUGGAGGUCGAAGGUCGAUAGUAAUUUUAAUAUUACUUAGCACAAACGCAACCCUUUACUCCUUUACUCAAAUGUCAAUGUCAUUGUCAGAGGUCAAAGGUCAAUAGUUUUUUUUUCCUUUCUGGUCCAUAACUCUGUCAUCACUUAAGGGAUUUUGAUAUAACCAGAAACAAAUGUUCCACAUAAUGUGACAGUGUCGUGUGCAAUAUCCAGACCCCCUAGUGCACACCCGAAGGUCAACACUCAACGUUGAUCCUUUCCUAUCCAGUCUGUAAAAUAUUUUAUAUAAGCUCAUGUGUCAUAUUGACCCAAUUAAAAAAUGUUAGUAUAUUUUCGUCUGAAUAACUUCCCUUUUAUAUUGAUUUCUUACAUUUUUCUCAUAGUAUUCCAUCAAUUUCAAAAUAAGAUGUUAUCAAAAUUGAAAUUAAGUCCUUUUUAGCUGAGUUUUUCUGAUCACUCGAUGUCUGUCUGUCGUUUGGUCAGAAUGAUAACCUUGAUGAAAUCUAGGCCGAGUUCGAAAAUGGGUUAUCUGGGGUCAAAAAAUAGGUCACUAGGUCAAAUCAAAGAAAAACAUUUUGUAUGCGAUAGAGGCUGUAUUUUUCAAUUGAUCUUCCUGAAUUCUAGUCAGAAUGAUUAACUUGAUGAAAUCUAGGUCGAGUUUGAAAAUGGGUUAUCUGGGAUCAAAAACUAGGUCACUAGGUCAAAUCAAAGAAAAACCUUGUGUAUGCGAUAGAGGCUGCAUUUUUCAAUUAAUCUUCAUGAAUUUUUGUCAAAAUGAUUGCCUUGA